CCGAGAGGCCAAGAUACCUCCCAGCCACUGGAGAAGGAAGGACAAUGCUGGGAAUGGAGAAUCCUUAUGCUGAGGGGCUGAAGGAAACAGGCUCUUAUUAAAUCUGGUCCUUAAUGACACCAUGGGAGAAAGCCAGCAUGUUUAUGCCACCCGUGAUAUUGAGUCUGGUGCCCAGGACAAAGUUCUCAGCUUCGAGCCGUUCAGCAAGAAAGAUGUUCAGAGCAAGAACGAUAACGGGACCAACUUUGUCAGCCGCAAGGGCAAAGAGCCUCACAAUCAACGGGAAGCUGUGAUCCGCCCCCAGAAAGCGGGCAAAAUAGACUUCAAGUCCCUCACCAACCGCCCCAGGUUUCCCAGCGCCAGACCAUGGGGUGCCGCCACAGGAGCCCCCCCGUCCCCCCCUGGAAGGAGCCGUGGACGAGAGAAGAGCAGCAGGCGGUCUGGGAAGGGCGAGCGGGGCCAUCAGCAGCUCUACCGGCUCACCGUCAGCAACGCCAGGCCCAACCCUACCAUUGGCAUCGCUUACCCCCAGCAGAAAAUCACCCCGCCCAAGAAGGUUGAGGCUGACCAAGGACCGGCCGUGGGCAGCUACCGGUUCCACGUCCCCAGCGUCCCCACGAGAGAGCUGAAGCUCCAAGAGGAAGAGCUGAGCUUUGCCCGCUGUUUUCCAGAGGCUGCCCCCAGGCACAUCUCCAGCAAUUAUACCUCGCAAGCUGCCGCUGCAUGUCCGAACCAUGGUUCAAAGAUACGACCACUGGGUAGUGUUCCUCAUGAAAACCCUGGCACCAAAGGGCUGUUCCCUUAUUUGGAGUUCCAAGCCAAUGGGGGUAACCUGUGGCCUCCCCCCGACAAAAGCUAUCCUGGUGCCAGUAACGGACUCCCGGCCCCCAAGCUGAGCACACCCCGCCUUGGGCCCCUGUCCUUCCAGUUCCCCUUCUCACCUUUGCACAGCUCAGCGACAGACCCGUUCCAAGGUGAGGCUCAUACCCAAGAUUAUAGCGAUGUACCACGGGCCACCAGUCAGCCUUCUCAUGGUGCUUUUGCCUUCCAUUCUUCCUCCAGGGACUGGAAGGAGGAAGUUCUUGGCAACGGCUCCUACGACAGUGUGGAGAGCAGGACUUACGGGCUGGCUCCUCAGCCCACCCCGUUCCUCCUGCCACAGGCUCCGGGGCACUUGCCAAGCUAUAAAGGAAGGAACGAACAUUCCACUGACCGCGAUGGUGCUCUUUCUCCCUCUGGUGCUAUUGACCAAGUCCCAAGCACUUUCCAAGAAAACCAAGCUGUUUUCCCACCUGGUUUACAUGCCUCUGGUCUGUCAAAGCCGAUGGGUAAGAGGCCGACUUUGUCGAAAGACAGUGUAGCUAGUCCAAGGAUACUGGAUGCAGGCAGCUCUCUACGAAGGGGCGCGCUGUCAGUUUCUCUGCCGCAAGUGCACUUUCAGAGCCAGGCUUCAAACGAGCCCUCGGCUGGGAGCGCCCCUUCUGGCUCGGUGCCUUUUGAGAAGAGCCUUCCCACCAGCGUUCAGGCCCACCCCCGGCUCCUGCAGACCUGGGAGGGGGGCAAAAAGACUUACUCCCCCCUGGAGCAAAGCUCAGCAGUGUGUCCCAGUCCAGGCGGCACUCAGCUCCCGUUCGGGUACCCUUCUGCUCUGGAGCAAAGACAACACGUCAAGAAGGCCUGGCAGCAUCUGCAUCUCGCUUCUGGGAUGCCCGGUCAGAACAGAAUUGAGCUGUCCAGAAAGCUGUCCAGCCAGAAGCUCCCUUUCCCCCUCAGCACCUCAGAGUGGGAUGGAAGCAGGAAACGGCCCCAAAGCCCCACCAGCUAUCCCAGUAAAGCUCUGGGGACUGAGGAAAGGCAGUACCCAGCCCCUCAGAGCUGUAGCUCAGCAAGCAGCUUCUGUUUCGAGGGGUCCACGGAGGUGGAGACGUCCAAGAGCAAGUCCUUCUUCUUCAGCGUGAGCCCAGCACUCUCUUCCAUCCCAUCCCACCACCCUUCCAGUCCCCACAUAGUAUUGCCCCCAUCCGCCUUAGCGCCAUCCCCAAGUGGCUCUCCUCUCCCAUCCCCUGUCCCCAACCUCACCAGCAGCUGCUCCUCCCUCUCCCCAACAUCCAGCAGCCCAACCAGCCACAGCUUUGAAGAUGAGGCUGCAUUGGCCACAUCCACCUGCUUCCACCAUCAAGGCCACCCAAAGGAUGGCAGUAAGCCCUUCCAUGCCAUGGAGCUGCUGGGUUCCAGUGCAGCCCCCUACCAGAUGGCCAAUCCUAUCAAGGCCUUUCACCAGGAGCUUCUCUACAAAGGCAUCUCGGAGGACAGCCAUCUCCAAAAACCAAACACGGAUGCCUCCAAAAGGUGCCCAGAGGGUUUUGAGAGCGAGCUGCCCCCACCACCUUAUCCAUAUUCCUCCCGUCACUUCCUGGCCAGCUCACUGAGCAGCACGAGUCUUGACCAGCUGGAUGUUUUCCUGACUUGCAAGCAGUGUGAUCAGAACUUCAGCAACCUUUCCUCUUUCUUGGAGCACCGUCAGUUCUGCAGCUCUCAUGUGGUCCUCCAAGGUCAGGCCAAAGACACCUCCCGAGGAGCAGAAGUCAAGAAGCAGCAUCAUGUCUCUCCUGAGCCUGCAAAGCACACACAGUCUAGCCUGGGAAUGAUCCUCCCUCCAGAUCCGCAUUUGCAACUGCUUGCUUUGAAUAAGACUGUUGAUUUCCUGGUGGAUGUAGAGGGCAAAGGGGAAUCCAAAGAUGAUCCUCUGAAAGCGAACCAGCUCAGUGGCCUUCCCGGGAACUUCUUGCCACUCAACACUUCCGACUUGGAGAUAGAUGAUGCCAAACUAGACAGUUUGAUCACAGAAGCUCUGAAUGGACUGGGAUACCAGUCGGAUAACCCAGAAAUUGACAGCAGCUUCAUCGAUGUGUUUGCUGAUGAAGAACUGGCAUCUGUGAAGGUCACCAGUGCUGGGACACCUUUCAAAGCAAAAGAGAACUUGACUUUGGGGAAGAAAGCCAAACAUGUUGCUAUGGAUGAAAACACGAAGAUGCUAAACUGCUGUGACAACCAUCCUAGUGGGGAGCUAGCAAAAAGUAGGACAUCAAAGCAACGUAAAGAGAGAGGAACAAACUGGCUCUCAGACCUUGGAGAAGAAAGCCUUGAAACAGUCAAGAGCACUGAACUGGCUCGAAAUAAGGUUCCGGAGCCAACAGUAUAUGGGGGGACAGAGCGUGAUGCAGGUACCCAACUGAAGAUAGGAAAGAAGAAUUGCAGAAGUUCUUUCCUGCCUAUGAAGCAGGGGGGCCACACACGGUCAGAUGUGAGGCAGACCGAGAACCCUGACUGCGCUUCUCUAGUGAGUGAACUCGAGCCUGAUGGUACCCACAGUGUGGCAGGAAACACCAUGCGCUCUAAGAAAGAUGCCAAGAAGAGGAAGCUGCGCAGUGGCAGUUGGAGCAAGGAGCUUAUUCAUAAAAUCGUCCAGCAAAAAAACAAGUUCCAUAAACUGCACACCCAGAAUAGCAAAACAGUGCCACUUUCCUUGCUCACCAACCGGUUCCUUCCAGAAACCAAAGACAAUAAAUUUAGCGAGUAUGAAUACAUUUCAGAAUCAGACGACGAGAGAGUGGAAUAUGCCAAGCGACACUGCAGGAGGAAGCUGGGCUCGAGGUUCAGUGGACGGCUAAGGAGUAGUUUGAGCAGAAGGGGCCAAGGAAGAGGAGGAAGGGAGAAGGAGAAGGAGCCGAUACGGAGGAGUGGUCCAGGGAGAGGGCGGGAGGAACCCAAAAGGUCCGCAGGCAAGGAGCUUGAAAGGAAGGACGGUGUUGUAACGAGAACGAGGAGGAGAAGCAGCCAGUCUUCUGCCAGCAGUCGCCAGAGCACGGGCGUGUCUAGUGAAACCAGCAACAGCCCCCAGAGCACUGAGAGGGGUGACUCGGACACCGAAAGGGAAGGUGAGCGGAGGAGGCAGCUCCUGCAAGUUUCCAAGUCCAUUGGACCACUUGAUGUUCCUCAGAAAGAAACAAUAAGAAAAAGCCACCGUGUCUGUUCUGGCUUGUCUGGAGAGCCAGAUAAGGUCGACCCACCCAAAACUCAGCCAGCAGAUAACGUGUUUCAGAAAGACAAUCCAAACAUUCCCCCAGACAAGGAAGGUGAAGCUUUGCUACAGAGCAGCCGGAAGCCACGUCACCCUGAGGCCACACCUGGAAAAGGUCCAGAGACCAGACGUCUCUGUCCUGAAGGUUCUGACCAGUGCAACAGACGCUUCUGUUGCAACAGUGAAAAGCCAAAGGUGGUGUCAGAAGAUGCAGGGUGGCAGUCCGAGGAGACGGGGGAUCCCCUCUGCUAUCAAUAUGCUGCUGGUAAAGGAGGGCUCCUGAAAAACCACGUGGAAGAGCUCGCCGGCUCACCAUCCACGGGCAAGCAGAACAUUCCCAGUGAGGAGAGCACCAGCUGUGAACAAGUGGGCAUCAAGGGGUUGAAGAGACAGAAGGAACUCAUCGUGCCAGUCGGCUGCUUUGGUGACAAUCCUGUCAGCACAUCUGGGAAAGGCGUCAGUACGCUUCUGGAUGCUGACAGUGCGUUUUAUGACUGCAAAGAAUUAUCCAACAGCUAUGGGACACCCAGUUUAUUCUCAGGGCCACCAACCAUUGAACCUUCCCCUAACGAAAAUGUAUACUUGUGUCAGGGAGACUUUGAUGUCCCCUCGUUCAAAGAGAAGCACCAUGACAUCAUGCCCUGUGAGUCGGAUAAUGCACCAAGUAAGGUCUCAUCGCCCCUUAACUUUGAUUCGCCAUCAGUGUUUGGAGAAUUCCCUAUAGCUGAGUUUGAUGCCAACUUAUAUGACAGCGUGGCUUCAAGCAAGGACAGUUACAUUCCCUUUGAGUGUGCCAAUCAUCAGCUUGGCAAGAUAAUCCCCUUUGACCAGCAAUAUUCAUCUUUUCUAUCAGAAAAGGACUGGGCCUUGAUGGAGGAAGUGUCCCCUGUGUUGCCCGAAGAUAUGCCCCAGAUUCAUAGACUGUCUGCUGAAAAACCAGUACCAAAGAGGUACCCCAGUGAAAUCAACCCGUUGUCUCUAUCUGAACGGCUUUCCGACUACAACAUGCAUUUCGUGAGUGGUUUAUCAGACGAUGAGCUGGAGAUUAAAAGGUUGGUCACUGAGCUUGAAAGUCAGCUGCAAGCAAACAAACUUAAUAUGCAGGCCUCUGAUGAAGACCAGGCUUCAGUAAAUCACACCAGCAUGGAAGCAAAAGAAUCUACUCAUGAGUUUUUGUCUUUAAGGCUGGACCAGCAACAAAAUGGAAAAGGGUUAUUUCUAAUGGAGGCUGAGUAUGAGAAUGCAACCCUUCUUUCCACAAAAACAUUUAGCUGUGAAAACGUAGCAAGUGAGAAAACACUCCUCCCAACUUUGGACGCUAAGUAUGGAAGUCCCAACAAUCCUUGGCCAUGUGCAGGGUCCUUCAGCCCUUUACAAUCAGCCACAGAUCUGAUUCUGGUAGGCCCUUUUAGGUCCCAAGGGGACCGAGACAAAACUGCUGAAAAUCUGAAGGAUAUUGAGAUCUCUGCUGAAGCUGACUUUGAGGAAAUCAAAGAUGCAUCUGCUAGAAUCAUGCCAGAUUCAUGCCUUGAAGACCUAUCAAACAGCACUGGGGUUCCAGACUAUCCUGAACAUAUUAUACAAAGUCCUGAUUCAAUCUUCCCUAAGUCCCUGGAGGACAGUGAGUUAAAUUCACAUGAGAAUUUGCCACUGAGACCAGAUGUGUUCCCAAAACUACCAUCAGGGGAGAAAACAUUUGAUGACACCACAGAGUUAAAAUCAUAUGGCCAUGAGGUUCCACAUUUAGAACCAGAAGUUGGCUUGCAAGAUAUUGACACUCUAGAAUCAGAUGGCAAUGUGUCUUCUAGUGCACAAAGCCAAAAUCCAGAAAAUCAUUCACCUGGAAAGCUGGAAAGCACAACGCUGUUCCAGAACAGUAAAGAUGAGCAUCUAGGUAAAAAUGAGGAGACUGGAAGCCAAACUGUUUGCCAGGUUUUAAUGCUAAAGGCCAAAGCUGACAAUGGAAACACUCCUCACUUUGAUGUGUUGACCUUUUCCAAGGAAAUGGAUGGAGAAGUCGUGUUCAAGUCCACUACGCAAGAGAAAACAGCUAAUCCUUUGCAGCAGCUGCAGUUGUUUGUGGCUAGGACAGUUAAAAACAAUGAGGAGGACUUGGGGAUUUCCUCGUUCCCAGCUCAGCAUCCCAUUGCUCACCUGCCCACAGGUCAGAGCAUUCCUCCAGAACCAGAAGAGGAGCCUGUGGACAAAGAGCAAAAUGAAGAAGUGACCAGUGGCCCCACGUUGGAGAAAAUGAGAGCGACUCUGUUAAAAAAGACCGGGAAAGCCGCUGAGCAAUCUGUUCCAGCCAAACUGCUUUCCGAGCCAGAGAAACAGGCAGAACAUUUUGAUGAAUGGGUCUCAGGCGUUUCAAAAGACUUGGCCCCACUGAACCCAGCACAAUACAGUAAUGUUGCUCAGCAGCAGCACUUAAAGGCUGAAUGUUUGGAAGUGAAUGGCCACACCGCACGCGCAGAUGGUAUCGCCCUGGAGCACAGUAACCUCUCCACGCCCGGCAACUCAGAAGUAGCCUCAGCACUCAGGGAGAAGAGAACACAGCAGAGUCAAGUUACAGGACAGGCAGGGGGGGAUCAAGGAGAGAAGACCUUGGCAUUUAGAGACUGCAGAAAAUCCCCACUAAGCCCUGGAUCUUCUGGGAAGAAAACAUCACAAAGUGCUUUACCAGCCGUGCUCCAAAUACACAUGGCCUGUUGCGCUUCUUGGAACAAAGCCUGCUGUGGGGACCAAGAGUUGGGGACUGCCAAAGCCCACCAGGUAGAAGAGAGAGAAGAACAGCUGAAACAUCUGCAGCUUAAUGUGUCUUUGGCUCCCAACUACUCCCCUGAAAGUCAAACUGAGGAUGCUCAUCUCCUGCAGAGAAAUGGCUUCUCUUCAAGAAAUAACUCAGGUUCAGCAGAAGGCCAUGACUUGGAGAAGCAAGUCAGUUACUAUGCAGAAGGCUCUCAGGCUGGUUUCUCUCAGGAUGUUGGCUUUGCUGAUCAGGAAAAGCUACUGAAAGCUGACCCAGGAAAUGCAACAGGCUCUGACUUCGGAGGGAUUCCAUCUGAAGAAAGUACAGGGCAGAUCACUGCAGCAAGCCAGCAGGUUGCCUUCCUUGCAUGCAGCCGCCCCUCUGUGCCAGAGAAGACCGCAGUUCCUCAGCAGAGUCCAUCAGAACAGAAGGAAGGCAAAGGAACCCUUCCAUUCUUUCCCACCUCUGACGCCAUUUCUCAUCUGCCCUCAGAUGUGCCUGGCACUCUGGCUGAAGACCUCAACUGUGACUUGAUGGAGCCUCAAAAGAAUAUCCCUCUACGUUACUCCUCAUCAAUCUGCUCCGGCAAAGUAGCCCCUUCUUCUGCUAAAACAGACAGACGUUUGAACUUACAAAUGCAUGACUGCAAAUCUCCCAGCAUGCUCCCUCUGAAAAGCAAGAAACAUUCUAAAGAGCCCUCCAAGCAUCCAGCUGAUGAAGACAGUGGCGUGUUCUCUGUGAGGGAUGGACCCAGUGGUUCUCAGGCCGCAUCCCUGCGUGGCAUCUUGCUCAACCAACUUCCACCAGGAAUUGAUUCUGUUGAGCUUAGAGGCGCAGUCUGUAAUAAAAAUGUGUCAUUAACAUCAAAACCCCAAGGGGGAAAGGACAUUGGAAGAGAACCCCAGGAAGGAAGUAAAGAUUCAUCUCAGCCAGGAUUUUUCGAAAAAGAUGUUGAUGUUCAGGAGGUGCCAGUUGUCAUUCUGACUAAAAAAGCUGAUGCCACUAGUCAGUUUCCACUGAGGGGAUCCUCCAGGGGCCCACAGGAUAGAAGCAACCAUUUGGAGAAUGAAGACUCCGCACUGAAUGAGAAUAUGAAAAAGUCUUCUGAGUGCAUGGAACAAGAAGGUAGCAAGGGUCAAAGUCUGAGAAAUUAUGCUAAGACUGGGCAAUCAAAAGCAAAGAAGAGGAAAGGGUUGCAGAUCACUUGUGAUAUUUGCUCCAUUUCUUUUAGAUCCAAAACUGGGUUGAUGAGGCACAAAGCUGUGAAACAUCAGAAGAAAAAGGAUAGUGUUUUGUUGCCCGACAAUAAUUCGGCUCCACUGGAAAAAGCCUUAAAGACAAGCAAAGUGCUCCCCAAGAAAAGCAUAAAGUCCUUCAUGAAAGAGAAAUCUGGUAGUUCAGACCUUUCAAAAGCUGUUGGCCAGUCCUUUCCUAAAUCCUCCAGAAGACAAAGGAAGGAACCAAAGGGACCAAUUCAUGGACUAUGUAUCAGCAAGGAACUCAAUGACCUAAAUGUUAUUUCAUCAGACAUAACUCAUGAAGUCCAAAAGACAAAUGAAAUACGGCCCACCAGCUCACAAGGAGAGAAAUCAGAUGGGUCAGAAAUCCGGUCCAGAAAAAAAACAAGUACAGAAAAAUCAAUCAGAGUGGUCAGUACCAAAAGAUCAAGCCGUGGUGUUGGGGGGAAAACAAAGGAAAAAUCAAGGCAAGCAAAAAUAACUUCAGACAAAAAUGAGGUCACUGUCUCUUUUCUUCAGGACUCUGAGAUCCCUGCAGUUCAUGGUAAUGCCACUGGCAGCACUGAUGACCACAUUCUGGCCACCAUCACAGAAGAACCAGGGAGCAGGUCAGAAGAGCAGGCCAACAUAUGUUUGCCCUUGCUUCCUCAGCCCUUGACAAACAAGGAAUUAGAAAAUGCUGGUGAAAAAACACCCUCAGCUCAAAGGACGGCUGAAUUGCAGCUUCUUCAGAAUGUAGAGAGCUAUAGAGAGGAAGGGGAAGAUGCAGAGCUGGAACAAAAAGAGAAAACCCAAGAGAGAUGGUCAAGUAGGUCUAUGGAAGAAGGUGAGAAUGAACUGAACAAAAAGCCUGCAUCAAAGGAGGGUCUGUUAGAAGAGAUGGACUGCACAACUCAAAAUAGUCCAUUGGUAUUCCUCACGUGCCCCAAUAAGCUUUCACCACCCUGUCAUCCUGGAACCACUUCUGAAAAGGGUUCCCCUAAAGCUACAUCUGAGAAAGCAUCAGGUGCCGAUGCUCCUUAUUUUGUGAAUCCAGAGCCCUGGAGGAUGGAAGAGCAGCAGCCACAGAAUGAGUCUCCUGUUGAUAAUGCAGGAGAACCGGAUCUGCCGAGCUUGUUUGAUGAUGACUCCACGUUUUCACAACUUUUCCCCAGAAACGACCAGUUUGCCCGUAGGAAAUGCACACGGGUGUAUGGGAAGCGCUCCAAGAAGCCUAAACCUAUUGCGGAGAUCAUCGCAAAGCCAGAAGGCACGCCAGAUAUCUUCACGAUCCGCAUGGCUUCUGAUCUUGGUGAAACCAGCUCCUUCUGCGUUACCCGGGAAGACCCUUGUGAAUAUGAUACCAUCUCCAUUGACGAUGCUUUGAUGCUCAACAUGUGUCAUGGGAGUAAAGCAAUGAGUGGCGACGUUAAUUCCAGAUGUACCCAAAACACAGUCCUGCAAGUGGAUACUGGGGAAAAGCAAGUGGCUGAUGAUUUGAAAAAUAACAGUGCCUUUCUAUGCCCCAAAUGCCCAAGUGGGUCUCUCCCGUGCUUCCAAAGCUGGGGUAACCUUGAGGAAACAGCAGAAAAUAAUUCUGCUGAUGGGACGUUGCACAGCUCAGCCGUGGAGCUUGCUUACGGACAUUCAGCUGUGGAAGACAGCCCAGAACCUCCUGGUCUGGAAGAAGAACCCUACAGCGCCAAACAAAAACCACCCUCUGCCUUUCGUACAAUUGAUGUGGAGAUGUUGAACAUGAAGUUUGAGACGAGGGACAUAUGUUUCUGCAGCACUGGAGAAGAUCGUCUGAGUCCUACAGAUGACGAUUGCACCUUAGGUUUCAAGCCUACAUCACUGUUGCAGGUCAGGCCCAUAAAACGUAAGCUCGAAGAAGGGAAGCCGGGGAAACCUCGUAGUGAUUUGAACCUCAAGAAUAAGGACAAGCAGUAUAAAUGCAAAGUGUGUUUCCAGUGGUUCCUUACUUUAGGGGAACUGGACUUUCACAAGCUCACCCACAAUCCCUCCCCGCCGCCAACCUGCUACAUGUGUGUCCAGAGGAAAUUCAGCUCGAGGGAACAGCUGAGGGACCAUUUAAAGGAGAAACAUGCCAAAAACAAGGCUGGCCUUUGGGCCUGUGGGAUGUGCCUGAAGGAAAUCUCAGAGGUCUGGAUGUACAAUGAACAUCUGCGGGAGCAUGCCACUCAGUUUGCCCGCAAAGGCCAGGCUCAGAAGUCCGUCUUGGGCCUGCCAGGCUGUUUCAGCGAAGAGGACGCUGCCGUCACCCAUUUCCUGAACUCCAUCAUUUGCCGGAAACCCGGCAAGUUUUCCAAGCAGGCCGGAGGGGGAAAUGGAGCACCUGUUGGCAGUGAGAGCAAAGGUCCCAAAGGGUUCUCUGGACAGGAUUCCGUGCUCCACAAAGACUUGCUGGAGAUCCCACUCAGAACCAGGCCACCCAGAGCCUCCCUCAGAGCACCACCAGUUCCAUCUCCUGACCCAAUCCCUAAGGUUGAGGGGGCCCAGAAGUCAGUGCCCAUUCAUCCUGAGUGCAAAGACCCCUCUCGAGAUUGCCACCACUGUGGGAAGCAGUUCCCCAAACCCUUCAAACUCCAGCGACACCUCGUGGUCCACAGUCUGCAGAAGAUCUUCUUGUGCCACAAGUGCCCCAUGUUCUAUCAGGAGACCAAGGAGCUCCGGAGCCACCUUGGCCAAGAGCAUGGAAUAGCUGAGGAAACAGAUAUCAAGCACACCACUCUCUACGCCUGUGAGCUCUGUGCAGACGUCAUGCAUGUCAUCAAGAAGUCUUUCAUAUGCAGUACUUGCAACUACACCUUCUCCAAAAAGGGGCAGUAUGACAGGCACAUGGAGAAGCACCUGGUGGGCAGCAGCAAGACCUUCCGGUUCCGGGGCGUGAUGCGGCCAGGCGCCUUUGCAAAAUGCAGGGAUAAGGAAGCCAAAGAGGAGGCCCAUGUAAGAGCAGAUGCUCCAGCAGCCAAAAGGAAGAAAGUGUCCCACCCCUGCAACUCCCCUGAACUGGCUUUGCCUGUGCCCUUGGAUGGUGCCCAAGCAUCCCAAGAAGAUAGUCAGCCACUGCUGUCUGUUGGUGAGGUUCUGUCCACAGCCACUAGCCUGACCGUGCCGCCUUCAGCCCAGACCCCUAUGAAAGCAGAAGGCCCAGGAAGUGAUUUCUCCAAUCUCUUGGUGGAAAGGGGGAAAUCGCCACUUCACCACCUACUUCCCUCCCUUCCCUUUGAGCCCCAAGAUGAACCAAGCAGCCCAGAACACAUGGCUGCACUUUCUCCAGAAACAUGGGCACAUGGGGAGAGCCUUGAGGACAACCCAAUUCUUCCCUCAGGCUCACCUGAUGCACUUAGCGUUGAUCUGGCCAGCAUCACACCGAAGAAGACAACCGCUGCACAGGAAAAGCUGCCUCCAGCUCAUCUCUCUGAGAAGUACAAGGGACUCGGUGUUCCAGAAAAAGCCACACUUGGCAGAAGGGUAGAACACAAUGUCGGCACUUGGGAGACCCCAUAUCUAGAAGAUCUUGCCAGCAAGGAGCCCAAGCUUUCUCCUGGAAGUCUGCGGUCUGCAGAGUGUAAGUGGUCUCCUGAAAUACAGUGGGGCAGCCGUUCUAAUAUGAAUGGACCUGCUCCUCAGGAUGCUGUGAGCAAGUUGCAUUUGCCAGAAACUGGUUUCCAUGAGUUACCACUCAAGGACAAGACGACAUCAUCUGCCCUAAACCAGCCUGCCAAGGAGAUUCCCUCAAAGAAUGCCAUAGGUGGCCAGGCCAGUGCUGAGAAUACCCGUGAUGUCCACUGCUCCCCAGGCAGUGCAGAAGAGGUUCAGAAGUGUUCCCUCCCGAAAGGCAAAGCCUUCCCAGAAACGGAUGCUGCCGCUCACCCCAGAGAUGGCAGCUCCAGCACUGGCGCAGAAGAGGCGGAACUCCGCUCGGUCAGGCCUGUGGGCGGCCAUCUCCAAGGCGAGGCAGGGAGUGCUCAGAAGAACAACCCUUCUGAUCCAAACAAGUUCCCAGAGAGACUGGCUGCGAAUCGGCUGGCCAGUCUUCACUCCAAAAAACCAAAGGAGCAUAAGUCUUCCCAUCGGGGGAGCUCGGCCUCCCGUGAGAACAUCGAGGGAGACGGGAGCAAAAAACGGAAAGCCCGGAUCCAGGAUUCUGUGAAAGGGGACAAUGUCAGAAAGGUUGACUGGCCCACUACUGAGGCAUUGGCCCUUUCCCCCCGAAGGAGGGACGCCCAUUCCAACAAAGUGACCCCUAAGCUGAAGGUGCCUGUGACCGACAGCCAGCUGAGAAAGUUGGUGCUUGACCAGGGCUUCCAGAAGAAGGUCGAGAUCUGCCACGCCAACGGAGAGUUGAGGCACAAGAAGGAGAUCUUGGGCGGCAAAGCCCUCCACCCACUUCUAGCCAAAGACCCCUCCGCCUCCCUGCCCAGCUCGCUAAGCCGGCGCAGAGCUGUCCACGGUGCUAAACUCCCCAGUUCCCACAGUUACAGGACAGCUGAAUCACAAACCCACCUCCUCAACCAGCUGUUUGGACAGAAAUUAACUAGCUUUAAAAUUCCUUUAAGAAGAGAUACUUCUGAGUAAUUUAUGAGUGACUGAUGGUGAUCCUUCGCUGCUUUCAUGGGGUUUGUGGGGUGGGGGGGAGAGAAAUUAUCAAAGCAUUACAUUCAUUUGUGUAGCUCGGUUUCUCUGUCUAGCUUAAAUGAACUUGCACUGCAGACUUUCAAAUAGUUUUGCUUUGGGUCUUACUAAUCUACUUUAAUUCACCUGAUUUAUCAUGCAAGCGCUAGAACUUUGAUGUUGCUGAUCAUUCUCAUGAACUCAAACGGUAAUCGCUUUGGGCAGGGCAAAGUGUCAAGAGGAAAUGUUUUAUUGGAGACGUACUGAGGUUGCAAGGGUUGCUUGCAAAUCCCAGCCCCUUUUCAGACGGUGUCUCUGUUAUCUUUGUGCAAAGGAUUUGAAGCCAUGAGCUUCGUACCAGAGACAGCUUAUUCAUGAGGUGCAGUACGCUGUAGAAAGCAUUUCCCCCCCUCCUCCCGAAGAUUUUGCACAAAUAAUCCUGAAUGAUUUCAUUUAAUUGGGAACCAGCCUUAGGCAAGAUACUUUUUAUUUUAAAAAAAGUUAUAAAAUGAGCAGGCCACAGUGCUGACAGACAGCUCUUCCCAAGAAUGUUGUGUUAAGGAUGAAUUGGUUCAUUCAACAGACCCCCUGAAAUUCUUCGCCUCUCUUAGACCACUGUGUAGAUGUUGCUGAAAUUUUGUUUUUAGAAGAGAAAUGGGUGUGCGCCCUUUAACCUAGCUAAACUGCACCUUGAAGAUGUAUGACAUGGUUCAAUACUUUUAAAAUAUUGUUUUAAUAUUUUCCAGUGAGACAACUGUGCCAACACCACUCCCAGCCACGUACUAAUGAUUUCUUUGAAAAAGAUUUCUGAAAAACCCAAACGUAAUCAUUUUUAAAGGCUUUCUGUAUUGAGGUAGUCGCUAAACUUGGUGUGGCUUUACACUAUGCAGUUAAGUGGUGCUAUUUUUAUUAUAAUGUGAAUUCUAACAGGAAC